AUGAUUACUUUAAAAAGAGCUUUAAAAAGAAAAAAAAAAUAUACAUCAAAAUUAAGAAAAAAUUUUUUAGAAUUAUAUGCUGACGAUAAUGAAAGGAGGAAUAAACAAAUAAAUUUUUCUUAUUAUAUUAAUAUAGAAUCAACAAUUUUAGAAUUAUUGUUAGAUGAUAAUUUAGAAUCUUUCAAAAAUGCAGGAAAACUCUUGUUUAUUAUACUAUCUGGUGUAUCACCUAAUAUGCUUUAUUUUAAAAGAGUAUUAAAUUUAGUAUAUUUAUUUUUUUAUAAGGGUGGAAAAAAAUUUUAUCAUAGUGAUAUGCAUUUUCAAAUUAUUGUUUUUCUUCAUAGUUAUAUUAAAUUAUAUAAUAUUAUUUGCUCAAUAUAUAUAUUUAAUCUAUUAUUAGUUAAUAAUAAUAUAACAAAUUUAGAAAAAUACAAAGAUAAAUAUAUUCCUAAGCAUAUAAUAGCUACAUAUGUUGAUCACUCAUAUUUUCACAUAAAAGAAUUUUUAAUAACAGUGAGAAAUUUUUUAAUUGAAAAUAAUAAAGAAACUUAUGAACAAAAAAAAAAAUAUAUAAAGAACUUAGAUGAAAAAAUUGCAUUAUAUAAAGAAAGUGACGAAGAAGUUUUACGAAAUUUUUACAAAUUAUAUAAUUUUGAAUUUCCUAAAUCCCUAGAAAAAAAUUUAAAAUAUUUAAUAUCACAAUGUACACGUGUAAACUAUCCUUUACAUAGUAUGUAUCUGGAUAUUUAUAUUUUAUACAACAUUAAGAAUAUACUAAAAGUAUUAGUUGUGUUAGAUCAAUUAUUUUGUUCUUUAUUUCCUUAUUAUUAUUUUUAUGAAUUAAAAUUAAAACUUCUUUUACUUCUUAUACAUAAAUAUGAUGGCGAAGAAGCUCAUUUCAAUUUUAAAAGAGAAGAAACAAUAAAUAAAAAAGAAAAAGUGCAUUCUUUUAGUAAUAAUAGUAACCAAAACCAAAUCAACUACAUUCAACUUUAUAAAGAUCCUACUAAUAUUAAUGAAGAAGAAAAUAGUACUCUUCUGUAUGAAGAAUCUUGUACUGAUAAUAAAAAUAUUGAUAAUAGCAAUAAAGACAAAAAAAAAAAAAAAGAAAUGAAUAACGAAUUAAACUGUUUAUAUAGUAGCGAUUCAAGUAAAAGUGAUAAUCCUACUUAUGUUGAAGAAAAAAAUGAAAAAAAUGAGGAUGUAGAAUCUGAUAAAAAUUUUUAUUUAGAUAAUUUCAUGAAUUUAUAUAUUAAUUGCACAGAAAACAUAACUAAUAGUUUGCCUUCAGUUAGUGACUUAUAUGAAAAUAAUCCAUUAAAACAAUUAAACAAAAAAAUAAGAAAUAAAAGAAAAAAUUUAGGAAAUAAUUCCAUAUUAGAUUAUUUUAAAACAUCUGAAAAAAAAAAUAUGUAUAUAGAUAGAGAACACAAAGAAGUAUUAAAUAAUAAUAAUGGAAAUAAUAAUAAUAAUAUAGAAGGAGAUAUAAUUAUGAAGAAAGAAAAUAAGAAUGUUAAAAUGUGUAAUCCCCCUCCUAUAGAAAAUAUAUAUAAAAAUACUUAUAACGAUAUAAUGUAUAAUUUAAAUGUAGUUGUAAAUGUUGCUAAAAAGUUGAUGUUUUCAUCCUAUUAUGAUGCAACAUAUGUAAAACUUUUUUAUUGCUAUUUGUUACCUUUUAUAUCUUUUGAAAAAAGAAUUGAAAUAUUUUUAAUAUAUUCUUAUUCAAAUUAUAAAAUUAUGAAACCAUUAACAUUCAUAAUUUUUUAUAAUAAUAACAAUGCUCUUAAUAUUUUAAACGCAUUUCAAACAAUUUUUAAAGAUGCUUAUCUUUUUCAAAAAUAUAAGAACACAUACUUCAAUAGUUUUGCACUAAAAAAUAUACCUAAAAGUUAUUUCAUUUUUCUUUUGUUUAUAUCCAUUUUUUUCUAUAACGAUAAAAUGGAAUCACUAUUAUAUAUAUACAACCUUUUUUACAAUUACGAUCAAGAAAUAAUUAGUGACAAGGAGAAAAGCAUAAACUAUGAGAACAUUCAUGAAGAAGUCAUAUUAAAAAAUGAUGAAAAAUAUAUUGAACAAAAAAAGCAUGUAAACAUAAUUAUUAUUAAAUUUAUUGAAAUAUACAAGGAAAAAUUUAACAUUUAUCUUUGUGAUUAUUUUGAUUUUUAUAGAAUAUUUUUUAUUUUACUUGUUUCGUGUGUAGAUAUUGAAUGA